AUGGCUCUUUUUCUGGGGGAUUACGACAAUGAGUGGGCUGAGACCCCAUCCUCAGAGGAUGAGGAAUCACCAUGGGAUGAAGACGAAGAACCUUGGACUUGGACUCCCCCGUCCUCCCCACUAAUUGUCAUACCAGAGUCACCAGAACAACAACAACAACCUGAUACGCAAAAUGUAGAACCAACCGAACAACAGCACCAGCUGGAAAAUGCAGAACUAGCCCAACAACGGCCCCAGCUGGAAUCGAACCCCGACCGGGGAAGGCGAGCCGAGCCCUGCGCCUGCGCAGGGUGCGGUCGAGUGAGAGAAGGAGUUAUGGCGACACCCCCCAACACCACCACCACCGACCCACAAUCACCAAACACCCGGGGCGGGCGUGGGCGAGGUAGAUUGUCAGAAUUAAUAACCCUCGCCCGGCAGGGGCGUUUGACCCAACCCAAUAUUAACCGGUUCUUCCGACCGAGGAGUUCCCGAGGGCGAGGCGUCGGGCGGGGGCUACCCCGGCGGCUUGAGCUGGAAGACACAGCCGAAGCGGCGGACGAAGAACGUUCACGUGGGAGUUCGAAUCCAGGACACGGCGAAGGUGAGCGGUUGUCGGAAAGAACACCACCUCCACCACCACCUGGCUGGCUAUCCGCUCGUCGGGGUCGGCCCCGAGUUCACGUCUCACCCCAGCCUCGGGGUGGUGACACCCGCCGUGGGGUUGAAGAACCACCAGUGCCAGAUCCACAGCCAAUACCAGUCGAGCAAGCGGGGGAGGUGAGGCCUGUCAACUCCCAAAAUUACAUUAGCCUAGAGGACAGGCAAGCCUUAGUUGGUCGCACUGAGGCUCGAUUGCAAGCCGACCCUCCCCUGCAGUGGUUUUUAAUCCCUGCGGCGGUGGGAGCAUUACCACUGACGCCAGCUCCGGGGUCGACCCCACCACCACCAGCCGCACCAGCCACACCAACAGCAGCCACACCAACACCAGCGUCAGCAUCACCAGCCAACCCACCAUCACCUGAGAGUGGUGCAGUCUUCCUAACCUUCUACUCCACCUAA